GCGAAAAAAGUUUUCACGUGUUUUGCUGUGAAAUGUGUUUUGAAAACAGUAUUGAUUUGUAUUGAAAAUCACGUGUAGUUUUGCUCUCAUUUUGCAAUUAGUUUUGUUUUAAUUGUGAUUGAAUUGAGUCACAAAUUAUGGCCAAAUCUAAGAAAGCGUUGAAUAAAAACAAUUCAAAGAAAAUAAAUACAGAGAAAAAUGUGACAAAACAUGUGGUCAACGAUUACAACGACUCCGAAGAAUCUGAUGAUGAGUUUGAAGAGGAAUCCGAUGACGAGGUGUCCGAAGAGGAGACCGACAACGAAUCAAACGAGUCGAGUGUCCUCUCAGACCAGGGAUCGGAUGAAGGCAUUCAAGAUAUGAACGAAAAUAUCGAUUUAAAAGAGUUGAGUGAAGACGAAGACAAUGAAAUCAAAUCGGAUGAAGAGUUGGAACUGUUGGAGAAGAAAGAGAAACCAAUUGACGACACGAAUAAAAACACAGAAAAGAAAGAAAUCGAUAAAAUCGAGAAUAAAUUGAAGCCAAAGAAGAAGAGCAAAAAUGUGGCCGAAUUUGAUGAAUACGCCAUCGACUCAUCAGAUGAAGAGGAUCUAAGGAAUACAGUGGGAAACAUACCAAUCGAGUGGUACAAUGACUUCGAGCACAUCGGCUAUGACUUGAGCGGCAAAAAAAUCAUAAAACCGGCAAAAGUGGACGAAAUGCAAGAGUUUCUCAACAAAAUGGAAGAUCCGAUGUAUUGGCGGACAGUGAAGGACCGGAUGACCGGUCAGAAUGUGAUCCUUACGGACACUGACGUGGAAGGGAUCCAAAGAGUGAGAAAAGGCAAAUUCCCGGAUCCCAGUUAUAACCCAUACGAGCCAUUCAUUGACUUUUUCACGUACGAGAAAAUGAUACAUCCGGUCACUAACAGACCCGAAACGAAGGCCAGUUUUAUUCCCUCUCUUUCCGAGAAGCGGAAGAUCAGUAAAUUGGUUGCGGCCAUCAAAAUGGGUCGAAUCAAACCCCGACCGACCAAACCAAAGGACGGACCCUUUGUUUUCAAUUACGAUUUGUGGGAAAAACCGAUUGGCGAUCGAAACAAGCGAAUCGAGCGCUAUAUACCGGCGCCUAAACUCAAACCUCCCGGUCAUGAAGAGUCUUAUAAUCCUCCGCCGGAAUACCUGUUCAAUGAGGAGGAAGAGAAGAAAUGGUCAGAACAGGAGCCCGAAGAACGCAAAAUCAAUUUUAUUCCACAGUCGUAUUCAGCGCUUCGAAAAGUUCCGGCGUUUCCAAAGUUUGUUAAGGAAAGAUUCGAACGACUGCUUGACCUCUAUCUCUGUCCACGAGCUCACAAAUUAAGAGCUAAUGUCAACCCCGAAGAUCUAAUCCCUAAGCUUCCACGACCUCGUGAUCUUCAGCCCUUCCCAUCGAUCCAAUCGUUGAUAUAUAACGGACACACGGAUGUCAUCCGUUGUAUUAGUGUUGAGCCUAACGGACAGUUUAUUGCCUCUGGAAGUGAUGACUGCACUAUCAGAAUAUGGGAAGUCCUCACCACAAGAACGAUAAAUGUAAUCAAAUUUAAUAGCAGUGUUACGGACAUCAAGUGGUGUCCCGACAGAUCAAAGUGCUUGUGUGCGGUCGCUGUCGGCAAAGAUCUAUUCAUUAUAAAUCCAAAAGUAGGCGAAAAGUUUGUGAUCAACGAAACGGAUCUACUGUUCAAAACAGCUGUCGAUUCUAAUGACAAUACGAAGAGUGAGUCAACGGAUCAUUCGGUGGUCGACUGGCAGACCAUCGACGAGAGCGGAGCGAGUGAUGAGUGGAGGAAUGGUAUCAGAAUUGUAAUUAAGCACAGAUUCGACAUAAAGCAAGUGGUUUGGCACUACGGCGGCGACUAUUUCGCUUCAGUGAUGCCCAACGGCGCCAAUAAGUCGGUUGUAAUCCAUCACUUGUCCAAAAGGAAGUCACAGGUUCCGUUCAAGAAGUCCAAUGGUAUAAUACAGUGCGUUCUGUUUCACCCGACGCGGCCGUACUUCUUCGUCGCCACAAACAGAGCGCUUCGUAUCUAUAAUCUUGUUAAGCAAGAGUUGAGCAAAAAAUUAUUGCCAAAUUGUAAUGAGAUCUCAAGCAUUGCUGUACACCCCGGAGGCGAUAAUGUGAUUGUCGGCAGUUAUGAUCUGAGGCUGACUGUCGAUUCUAAUGACAAUACGAAGAGUGAGUCAACGGAUCAUUCGGUGGUCGACUGGCAGACCAUCGACGAGAGCGGAGCGAGUGAUGAGUGGAGGAAUGGUAUCAGAAUUGUAAUUAAACACAGAUUCGACAUAAAGCAAGUGGUUUGGCACUACGGCGGCGACUAUUUCGCUUCAGUGAUGCCCAACGGCGCCAAUAAGUCGGUUGUCAUCCAUCACUUGUCCAAAAGGAAGUCACAGGUUCCGUUCAAGAAGUCCAAUGGUAUAAUACAGUGCGUUCUGUUUCACCCGACGCGGCCGUACUUCUUCGUCGCCACAAACCGAGCGCUUCGUAUCUAUAAUCUCGUUAAGCAAGAGUUGAGCAAAAAAUUAUUGCCAAAUUGUAAUGAGAUCUCAAGCAUUGCUGUACAUCCCGGAGGCGAUAAUGUGAUUGUCGGCAGUUAUGAUCUGAGGCUGAGCGAUAAUGUGAUUGUCGGCAGUUAUGAUCUGAGGCUGAGUUGGUUUGAUUUGGACUUAUCUACUAAACCAUAUAAAACAUUGAGAUAUCAUAAAAAGGCGAUCCGAAGCGUGUGUUAUCACGAAAGAUACCCACUCUUCGCUUCGGCCUCAGACGACGGCACUGUAAUCGUAUCGCACGGAAUGGUUUACAACGAUUUGACGCAAAACCCACUUAUAGUUCCCGUCAAAGUGUUGAGAGGACACACCGUUAAGGAUAGUGUAGGCGUCACUCAAUGCUGUUUCCAUCCGCUCCAGCCGUGGAUAUUCUCCGGCGGCGCCGAUUCAACCAUUAGAUUAUAUACAUAA